AUGCCCACGCCCGUCGCAGCGGCGCGUCAAUGCCUAACAGCCGACGCCGCCCGCGCCCUCGACGAGGCCGUCUCCGUCGCCCGCCGACGAGGCCAUGCCCAGACCACCUCUCUCCAUGCCGUCUCCGCCCUCCUCUCCCUCCCCUCCUCCUCCCUACUCCGCGACGCCUGCUCACGCGCGCGCAACUGCGCCUACUCCCCACGUCUCCAGUUCAAGGCCCUCGACCUCUGCCUCUCCGUCUCCCUCGACCGCGCCCCGUCGUCGCACAACCAGCACUCCUCCGACCAUGAUCCCCCCGUGUCCAACUCCCUCAUGGCCGCCAUCAAACGCUCCCAGGCCAACCAACGCCGCCACCCCGAUAACUUCCACUUCUACCACCACCACCAAACUCUCUCGCACCAACAAACACAGCAUAACCUAAAUCCGAACCAAAACCACCAACAACCCUUUUCUGUUUCUUCUGUCAAAGUAGAGCUUCAGCAUUUGAUUCUGUCAAUCCUGGACGACCCCGUCGUAAGCCGGGUCUUCGCUGAAGCAGGUUUCCGGAGCUCCGACAUCAAACUCGCCAUCCUCCGUCCCCUCCGGCCUCGCGGCCCACCGAUUUUCCUCUGCAAUUUAUCCGAGCCGCCGCGGCGGUUCCCUUUCUUCUUCGGCGGGGAUGGAGGCGGCAGCGAGAACUUCCGAAGAAUCGGGGAGAUUCUGGUCCGUAGCCGGGGGCGGAACCCGCUGCUUCUCGGCGCGUGCGCCGGCGAAGCUCUUCGGAGCUUCGCGGAGGCUGUAGAGCAGCGGAGGGAGGGGGUUCUUCCGGUGGAGCUGUCCGGGUUGAAGGUGGUUUGCAUUGCGGAUGAGGUGGCGCGUGGGGACGCGGAGGGUGCGGGGAAGCGCGUGAGAGAGAUUGGGAAUUUGGCGGAGCAGUGUGUGGGGCCAGGUGUUGUGGUGAGUUUCGGGGACUUGAAGAGUUUUGUGAACGAUGCAGAAGGUGGUGGUGGUGAGGGUUUGAGGGGUGUGGUUGGGGACUUGGCGAAGCUGUCGCAGGUUCAUUAUGACAAGUUUUGGUUAAUGGGUGCAGCUGCCAGUUACGAGAGUUACUUGAAAUUCGUGGGGAAGUUUCCCUGCAUAGAGAAAGAGUGGGAUUUGCAGCUUCUGCCUAUUACCUCUGUCAAGCCUUCUGAAUCCUAUCAACGUCCCAGGUCCAGCUUAAUGGAUUCAUUUGUGCCAUUUGGUGGCUUUUUUUCGUCACAGUCUGAUUUAAAAGGUCCACUGAAUGGCUCGUUUUAUUGUAUUCCCCACUGUCAUCAGUGUGGUGAAAGUUGUGAACAUGAUGUCCUUGGUGCAUCCAAAGAAAGGUUUUCCGCUUCUUCAGCUGCUGAUUCGCAUCAAUCUAGCUUGCCUCCGUGGUUACAGAUUGCAGAAUUUGGCACAUCAAAGGGGUUGAAUGUUAAGACCAAAGAUAAUGGAGUUAUGCUCGAUAGUAGUGAAUCUGGGUUACUGCACAAGAACUUAGACAAGUUAUCCCAGCAUAUGCACCAGGGACAUGCAAAUACUUUUCCAACUGUUGUGGGGUUUCAGUGUGGUGCUGACAAGAAAAAGGAAGAUGCUGAGAAAUCCAGCAGCAAAAUUACAGAUAAAUCACCACCAAGAGAAUACAUCAAUCUCAAUUCCCAUGUACCUGUUGGUAUGCAAAUGAUGCGUAUGUCACACUCAAGUAGUCCUUUUCCUGCAGUUCUCAAGGCAAAGCAGGAGAAAUAUACUUCAAAACUUGCUGAGAUGUUCCAGAAAGUGGAAGAUCACGAGUCAGGUGACCUAAGAUCGUGCAACAUGUCCAAUUCAAGUGUGUGUGAUGGAAGCCAAAUGUCCCCCACUUCUGUAACUUCUGUAACCACAGAUCUUGGGUUAGGAAUAUGCUCUUCUCCUACCAGCAAUAAGCUGAAGAAACCUACUGUUCAAUAUAAAAUGGAGCCUCCAAAGGAAAUCCCAAGUCGGUUUUCUUCAAACUUCAAUUUGGCUGAUGGGAGUAUCUUGAAGCAUCCAUCGCAGUCUUCAUCCUGCUUAAGUUUUGACUAUUGUGGGCAAGUUGAUGCGAAAGAUCCCAAAUUUCUUUUUGAAGCUCUUUCCAAGGAGGUAAGCUGGCAAGACGAAGCUUUACAGGUUAUCAUCAAAACAAUAGUUUGCAGCCCAACAAAAAAGGUUAAACACCGUGGUGCAAAUCAGCCUGGGGAUAUAUGGAUGAAUUUUGUUGGACCUGAUAGACUUGGUAAAAAGAAAAUUGCCGUUUCUCUAGCCGAGUUAUUGUAUGGGAGCCGGGAAAACUUUAUUUUUGUGGAUCUAAGUUCUGAUGAAAUGAAAGGAUGCAAUUUAAAAUUCAGAGGGAAGACUACACUCGAUUUUAUUGUAGGGGAGUGUUGCAAGAAACCCUUGUCUGUGGUUUUCCUUGAAAAUGUAGACAAGGCAGAUAUUCUGGCUCAAAAUAGUUUGUCUCAAGCCAUCAAGACAGGAAAAAUUACAGACUCGCAUGGACGAGAAGUUAGUGUAAACAAUACAGUGUUUGUUUUUUCUUUCCCAGAUUACCAAAAUAGUUGGAUACCAACUGGGGAACCUUCCAACUAUUCGGAGGAAAGAAUACUGAAGGCAAAGGGGGGAGGUAUCAAGCUACAAGUUGAAAAUGUGAUUGGAGACAACAGAAGCCAAAGCAUCAGUGUAACUAACAAUUCGAUGGAUGCCAUUGCUAAUCUAACUUUCUUAAACAAACGAAAGUUGAUUGGUGACAAUGAAUUUCAUUAUCCAAAUAUACACUCUGAUACAGCUAAAAGGGCGCAUACAGCAUCAAGUUGGCAGUUAGAUCUGAAUCUCCCAGCCGAAGAGAAUGAACAGAAACUAACAAAUGAAGGAAACCCUGAACAUGUUUCAACCGAGAACCAAAGCCAUUGGUUGCAGAAUUUGUGUGAUCUGGUUGAUGAAACAGUUGUUUUUAAACCUUAUGAUUUUGAUGCACUUGCGGAUAGAGUGUUGAAAGUGAUCAGAGGUAACUUCAACAAGAUUCUUGGAUCCGAGUGUACAUUACAGAUCCAGACAGAAGUCAUGGACCAAUUGCUUACCGCUCAGUAUGUCUCAGACAGGGAUACGGAGGUGGAGAACUGGGUGGAGGAGGUUCUAUGUGGAGGAUUUACAGAAAUACAGAGAAGGUACAACCUCACUGCUAGUUCUAUUGUAAAACUUGCUACGUGUCCAGAGCAAGCUCCUGGUGUACACCUUCCCCCCAGGAUAAUUUUAGAUUGA